AUGAGUUCCUUAAGUUUACCUCCAGUUAAUCUCAAGCACCCGCAAACGCUGUCGUCCGUGGAUUUCCAAAAUGCGACUUCAGCCAUUGCUGCUAAAACUAUGCGCUCAGAGCUUAACAAAAUGAUCCAUUCGCUUGGUCCUGAAGUUAGUGAGGGGCAACGUAAGGCGUUCAAAAAUGAAAUGGAUAAUUUCUACCACAUGUUUACUCGUUACUUGGCAGACAGGUCGAAGGGAGUCGAAUUGGAUUGGGAUAAGGUCAAGGAACCUCGUCCUGAACAGAUUAUUCCAUACAAAAAGCUUGCUGUAUGUGAAACAACAGAGAUCCUAGACAAAUUAGCUGUAUUAAAGCUUAAUGGUGGUCUUGGUACGACUAUGGGCUGUGUCGGUCCAAAGAGUGCUAUUGAAGUUAGGGAUGGAAUGACCUUCUUGGAUCUAAGUGUCAGACAAAUUGAG